GCUCGUAGUAAAUAAAUAGGAAAAAGGAAAAAGUAACAAAGAAAUAACAAACCAUAUAUUUCUGACAAUUUAUGUUCAAGGUCCUGAAAUUAGACAUUUAAGAAAAAAAACCCCAUCAUGGCUUUUUGCUGCUCUAAAAUCUUAAUUUUGCCCUAAAUUUCCAGUUCAAAAUGGUUUCUCUGUGAAGUCAAAGCUUUGUUGUGCUGAGAUGUGGGUUUCAACUAAACUAACCUUUUUAAACUCAGGAUAUUCAAGGAGAGAUGGCAGGCAGGUCACAGCUUUCAGGCAGUAAACACAUGCUGGAAAUCUCUUCUGUAAUUGGGCUUUCUGGUCGUGGUUCAAGUCUGACUAAUAAAUUAUAAGGUUGUUGAAUAAAUCCAUCUGUGCCAAAGUUAGUCUUUGCAUUAGUAAGAAGGCUGAUUUGACUUGAUAGCAUUUACAGCACUUAAUAAAAAUGUGGACUUUGUUGUGUAAUUGCAGCUAUUGCUCGACAUCCAGCGUUAGUAGAGCUGGCAUAUCAAAGAAUGAGAUGAGAAGGCAUUGGACAGCGAGAAAGAGGGGAAUCAGAUUUCCGUCAAGAUCUUGUACUGAUGAUGGAAGAGUUUGUCAGCUGUGUAAAGUCUUCUCCAGAAGGUCUCUAAAUUCUAAAUGUGUUGAUGGACAUGAUGUCUGGUAUGACAUGCCCCGAACACCUCUCCCAGGAGGCAUCCUAAUCAGAUGCCCAAACCACCUCAGCUUUCUUUUUUCGAUGUGGAAGAUCAGCAGCCCUCCAAAAUUUCCACUGAUGGAAAAAACCUGGGUGUAUUGAAUGACCAGCUUUUUCCUGAAUGAAAAAGCAGGGAAGCAAAAAUCCAUUGAUGGAAAAACCUGCUCAUUCAGUAUAUUCAAGAUGUCAGCUGACCUCAUUUUUUGGGCACAUAACAUUACAAAAGCUUGACCUCACCAACUGAAGCUAACCCAGAAACAAAACACUGCUCUCGCAGGCUUGUAGGCUGGGCAGUAGGAAUGAUGGGUGCCUCAGGCCACAUUAAGUUUUCCCUUUGCCACUGACUCCUAUCUUUAUGCUCCUUAUCAAAGUGAAGCUGUUUUUCGGAUUAGCCUCCCUGAUAAGCGGUUUUCUGAAGGCUACACGGCUGUUUGGUACCAAUCUCUUCACAUUGUGUGUGGAAAUGCUUCUACUUUCACUAUUAAACAUAGGAAUAAAUUCUACUGCUGAUUAUUUACAAUUUAUUUUAUAUCUUAUUAGUAUUGAUAUAUUAUUUACGAUUAUAUAUCUCCGAUCAUGAUCAUUCAGAUCAUCGAAUGAUCUGAAAGAUGGUUGUUCACUGCUAUCCUUCCAGGUUUUAAUAAUAUAUUGGACAGUCCCAAUUUUCGAAGUUACAGCAAUCUCAAUCGUUGUUUACUUUGCUUAAUCUAGACCGAUUAUUUCUAAAACAGAGUAACAUGUCGUGUGCAACCACAGGAAACGUCUUCCGUAUCAACUUCAUCAGUAAGGGUUAAAUAACAAGGUGCCAGCUGAAACUUUAAAUAAUCACAUAUUCAGUGUAAGGCUUUUACCUAAUUUAGUUACAUCCAGGUGUGACUUUUUUUGCCUGAUACAUCUUUGGAUUUAAUAAUUUUCACACAUAUCUAAACCAUGUAAUGUCUCACUUAUUUACAAAAUUGGAAAUAAGCUGUCAUGGCUUCAUCAAAGAUGAGGAUUUCCUGGUGUUUUUACAUUAUAAAUGACCAGAGUGCCAUAAGAGGGCAAUUUAGGAAUUUAGGAAGUCUUGGUUAAAUUAAAAGAAGGACCAGAAUGAAAUGUCUUUGUAACUUUUUAGGCCGGCACGUGUUUUCAGAACCACUCCAGUGUGUUUUUGUAUUGAUUCUACAUGUCUCCCUUGUUUGGUGGGAGAUGAUGGUGAUAAGAGUUUUUUUUUCUUGUCCUUUCGAAACAACAGCUGACAAAACAGUCUAAGCACCAGGUCCCUUUGGUCCCUGUUCAAAGUUCCUCCAAUCUUUUUAAGCUGAUGUGAAUUCAUUCAUCGUUAGAUAAAUUGAGUAGUUCCCGUGUGGCUACUGAACUAUUCUUGUUUUACCAAGUAUCAUUUUAAUGAAUUAACAAAUUUCAUAUUUUAAUUUUAAAGUCUGAACCAAACCAGAUCUAAUCCUUGAGUGUAACAUAGCCUAAACAGCCCCUUGGAGGAGGUAAUGAUGGAGAAUUAAUCGUUCUUUUAUAUUCCUCAGCAGGAUUGAUCCCUCUAGUCACAGGUCCCUCUCUCGAACCUUAAAGAGUCCACUACGCUCAAAAAUUAAAGUUCAUAGACAUGCUGCAUAACCGUGUCUAAAGGCAAAAGUGUAAAUUGCCGCAAUUAAAAGAAGUGCAAUCACAGCCUCUUCAUGGCUAUGUCUAACUGCUCUGAUUUCACCCCAGGAUUCUGAUUUGAAGUGUGGUUAUUCUUGAGCCAAACUUGAGAUCUUUAGUUUAGUUUUUCUUUUUUAUGUUUUGGUUUUUCUUGCACUAUGAUGUUUCAAAUAUAUGCAAAGGCUUUUGGGCACAUCAUGUGUUUCAACAUAUUUUUUUAAACUAAAUUCUUUGUGACAUGUCUAACAGCACAGUUCUUGUGUCAAAUUUAAUUUUAGCUAAGUCUUUAGCUUUUUUUUUUUAGAUCAUCUCAUCCACUUAUGGGUGAUGAUAAUGAAAGGAUAUGCAUUGCAAUAUCUUUUCAUGUCAUGUAUCUGUGGCAACUUUGUACAAACAAAGGAAAGGUUUAGCCAGUUUAUCAGUGUUUGGCUCAAUAAUAAAAAGCCAUUUCCAAGUUGAAUCUAUUUGUUGUUAGUUGACCAUAGUCUACCAAUAGCAUCAUCAGGUCUCUGAAAUUGCCCAAACCAAGUUUGUUGUUCAAAUAAAUGUUUAUAUUAAUGUGCCAAUCAAGUCACAGAAACCUUUACGGUUUGCUAGGUUGUUAACGUCAGGGCUACUUUACGACCAAUGUAGCCAACCAUUUUGCAGCAGCAUGACACCACACCACACCAAUUAGAAUAGAAUAAAAAGCCUUUAUUUUGUCAACGUACAUGUGGACAAACAAAAAUAAUGUCAUAGUCUUUAGCAAUAUUUUACAAUGUCCUGAGUGGUGAGAGUGCAGAUCUAGAGUUCAGUACUUUGAUGUCAUUGUGAUAGAAGCUUUUCUGUAAUGUGAAGGUGUGGAGUGCCAGGUUCCUGUUGGAGCACCUUUAUGACAGUUUACAGUCUUUAUCCCUGUAGGCAGACUCAUCUCCUUUGUGUAUUAAUCUUGUGGUGUCAACUGAAAACACAAUGACUAAGUUGAUUUUGUCGGUUGGUUGGCUGCGAUUAGAGAAGUGGGCCUAGGGUGCAUCCCUGAGGAGCACCUGUGCUAUAUGUCAGAGUAGGGAAGUGAUGGGUCCCCAGUCUAGCAGACUGUGGUCAGAUUUGUUAAGAAGUCACUGUUGCAACCUCUGGUGGGCCUGUGGCUUCUGAAGAAGAUUCUGUCUGCUGUGAUCUUCGUCUCAUGCUAAUUAGCUUUUGUUGCAACAUGAUGUCUGCUUCUCAGAUAUGUUGACUGGUUCUUAAAAGGAACCAAAAUAGAACUGACUUUGCUCCAACUCUGAAUAACAGGUAAAUGGGAGACACUGAUUACACUGAAAGUUUAGGUACUGCAGGCUGUGCUGAUUACAUCAGUAAAGCAGAUAAGUGGAUAUCUCUACAUGGCUAGCAAUCAUAUGCAUAUGAGCCUGCAUAUGCACCUGCCUCAUAAGCCAUUUUCACACAAGACCUUUUGGCAGUCUCAGGGCUGGACAUUUUUUCACACAUUUUCCUUUCUGUAAUAUAACUCAGAGUAGGAAACGGUUCACUUCAGGCACACUCCCACUACUGGAAAUACUCCAUGUGGCUUAGAAAAGGUGAGUUUUCAGAAUAGAGCACGCAGGAACUACACAUGAUGCACAUAUGCGAGCAGUAAAUGGAGGAAAUUAUUUGUUGCACCAUUCUCAGAUGACAUCACACAGAUUUGCUACUAGGUCAACUGAAACUAAACUAAAACUAGGGUAAAGAAACAUUUAAAUUAACCAAAAUAAAAUAAAAUAAAAUAGACUUUUGAAAAUAGCUACUCCAGAACAUAUUGUGUACUCGCAAAAUAAAUGAAGUAAAAAACCAUCUCGCUUAUGUGAUCUACCUUUAAAAAAUGCUGUGAUUAUUUUAAGACCCAUUCUGAGCUUUUGAAAAAUUUGUCUCUAUCAAAUGUCCUAAUGAAGCUGACAGAAGAAGAAGAAAGACUAGCUAACGUCUGAUUAGACUUCAACAGGCAUUUUCUUUCUUGAAUCCACCUCGGUUGGUUGACGCACACAAGAGUUUUGACUUUCAGCAUGUGUAUAAAAACGGUGAUAGAGCAGUGUUUAUGCAAAAAAAAAAUCAGUGUGGAUAUAGACGUCAAAUGCAUGCAGUUAUCUUCUUUGUUGACUCUGGGACUCUAAUCUUUUAACAGCUAUAAUCUUCCCCUGUUAGCAGAAGCUUGUGAUUUCUCUCAAUCUUUCUUAAACUUGGUGCUGUUUACUGUGCAACAACGCUGUCUCCAGACUUUGCACUGAACACACAUGCAUUUAGUGUGAGACUAUAAUAUUGGGUGGAUUUAAAAAGGCUGCUUUUCUUCUUCUGUUAUGUAAAAUGGGUCAUGCAGUGUAACAUUAUGGCAUAACAAGGUGGUUAAUAUAUUUAUUUAUUUAUUUAUUUAUUGUUAAAAGUGUUUAGAAUAUAUCCUCCAGUCUAAUUUCCUGCUGAUCAAACUACUCGGGAAUAAAAUAAAAAAAGAUUAUCUGCCAAUCUGCUUUCAUGAUCGACAUAAAUACAACGCUUUAAAUGGUUCAUGACAUCAAUCCAACGUAUAUCAUUCGAUUUUCCAAACACACAAAGGAUCUCCGUUUUUCAUCUAGCUCCUGGCCAAACAGAAUAUGAAGAUGGAAAACAGCGAGGCACAAAUGCCUCUCUCUCUCCUCCCUCUGUUGGUCAAUCUGGGUUAUGUAAACAGGGAAGUGCAAGCUCGGGUAGAUACCGUAACUGUGGUAGUGUGGCAAAGGUGACCGUGUGCGAGCGCGAGCGUACUCGUUUGUUCCCAGGCAGUCCUGGCUUCACGUUCCAGCUGUCACUGCCUGCUCUUUCUCUCCUCCCCCACCUCGCUAUUUCCAAUUCUGCUGCCCCUCCCCCCCCAGACUUCCUUACAAUGUGGGUUAGUAUGUGUAACCAUGUGACUGGGCUAUGACCUUUCACCUUAUGUGUGUGUGAUCUGUGAAGGGUAAUCCCACACGACCCCUUCCCUUUCUUUUCAUCACGCUCUUCCACUUUUCUUCUCCUUUAAUUACACAUCUAGCCAUUUUCUAUUCCAUCUCUUCUUUCUUGUCCUCCACCCUGUCAGGCUUGUGUUUUUCUUCCCCCACCUCCAUGGUUCUUACUUCUCUCCAUAGUUCGUCUCAUCUGCACUGACAGUGUUUGCAUUUAUGUGUCACUGAAAUUUACCAUUUGUUGCAGUUGAGGUGUUUACAAUGUGUUUAUUAGUGUUAAUGAUGUGCGAUGCUGCCCCGAGGAGCCAAAAAAAAAAGAAUUUUCCAAACAGAAAGUUGUACCACAUGACUUUAUUCAUCUCCUUGUUUCAGGUUUGCAUCUUGCAGCCAUAGUUUGACUCCUGAAUCACUCUCUCUAUCAGUUCAUAUUGAUCAUCUCCCCUCUCUGUCCACAAUCAUAAAUCAGGCUGAAAUGGAUUUGUGAUUAUAUGUUACCGUUUUAGCUUGUCAGAUCUGUAUUUACACAUUUAUUACUACUAAACUAGGCGCCAGUCUAUCCCAACCAAUAAACAAAUUCAUAUUCGAUCGUAUAAAAUGUGUGCUUUUUGGACACUGAGAGAGAUCCUCCAAUCUAAUGUUUCUGACAUCAGUUUUGAAGGAUUUGAUUUUCAUUUUCAUUGGGGCAAAACAGAAUCAGCACAAUAAAAACUGCCAUAAACUAUCAGAGGGAUCAUUUUACAUUCGUUCACUCCUCCUCUUCCCCCUUUCCCGAUCUUUCAUCCUCUUCUUUUCCUCUCAUCUUCUCCUCUCUGUCCAUCUCUUCCUUGUUGAACCCCAUUACCCUUGUUACCUAAGGCAGCUUUCCUUGAGUGGGUGUGUCCUGCUGACAUCACACACUGGCUCCUGUGUCGGUUGGCUGGGGGAGGGGAGAAGCAGAGAGAGGCGGGAGGAGGUAGACCGGAAAAGCUGCGCAGUGGCGUUGCGGGGGUGUUCCUACGUACGGUGGUCAGGGGCAGUUUUCAACGACUCAUUGUUUUGUAAUUGUCCCGAUGGUCUUCUGUCCUCAGUGGAGCGCCGGUAAAGCUGCGCGACGAGGCUAGGUGUUGGGUGACUCACACACACACGCGCGCGCACACACAGACAGACACCUACACACACUUUGACACGCUCGGUUCAGACAGAACAGAGGAAGUGUGUAAACUGUAUGAAGAAGGAGCACACACACAGAUUGGAGUAAGUUUCUGAGAGUGAUAAGGAGGAGGCAUGAAUCUCUCACCAGACUAGGAUACAGAAAGUUGCAGCCACAUGACAUGGACCAGUCCCACAGCGCCUCCUUCAGCUCCGAGAAUGAGGCUCAGGGCGGCAACCCUGCUGUGUGGCAGUGCACCCCUCCCCCAUCUACCUCACCUACGGCGGAGACGCCGGCUCACCCUCCCUCCUCUCAGCCCGGGUCAAGACCCCACUCCAGGCCGGCAAGCCAAAGCCCCACCCCUCCCUCGGCCCUGACAGGAACCAAGAAGAGGAGCUCCAAACCUGCGCACAUGAGACGCAACAUCAGGAAGUUACUGAAGGAGCAUCAGUUGGAGGCAGUGACCAAAGCGGCCCAGCAGGAGGAGCUGGAGAGAAGGCGCCGUCUGGAGCAGCAAGGACAACAGGAUUUCCCCGUACCGCUGCUGCCCGAAUACACAACUGGCGAUGUGACAACGCAUGCGUCGUCAUCGGCAACGUCAGCAGCAUCUCAGCAAGAAGUGAACUCGAGCAGACGGGAGGUGAUCUGUGUGGACUCGGGCAGCACGGGCAUCAGUGAAGACGACAGCAAGGCUAACAUACCCGCCUCUGUUAGCCCACAACACACACACAAAACAGACGUCAUAGAUCUGAGCUCUGGCGAGGACGACUCCAUCGUCCACGUUAGCGAGUCUACAGCUGAGGAAGAAGAAAGCGAGCCGAGCGACGCCCACAUCAACGAUGCCCUCAACCAGCCGGACGCCCAGGGGAGGGUGCUGGUCAACCUGAACCAUCCGACUACAGAGGAAGACAUCUUCCUGUCGCCUCAGCUGGCCAGAGCAGUGAAACCUCAUCAGAUUGGGGGAAUCCGUUUUCUGUACGAUAACCUGGUGGAGUCGGUGGAGCGCUUCAGCAGCAGCAGUGGAUUCGGCUGUAUCCUGGCACACAGCAUGGGCCUGGGAAAAACGCUGCAGGUCAUCUCCUUCAUCGACGUCCUCUUCAGACGCACCCAGGCUCACACCGUGCUCGCCAUCGUACCUGUGAACACCCUGCAGAACUGGCUGUCAGAGUUCAACACCUGGGUCCCGCCCCCUGAGGCUUUACCUCCAGAUCCUGAUCCUGCAGUGGUGACACCACGUACCUUUAAGGUUCACAUUCUCAACGAUGAACACAAGAAUACUACAGCCAGGGCAAAGGUGGUGGAGGACUGGGCUCGGGACGGGGGCGUGCUGCUGAUGGGCUACGAGAUGUAUCGCCUUUUGUCACUGAAGAAGAGCUUCGUGGCUGGAAGGAAAAAGAAGAGCAAGAAAGCAGCGGGACCUGUCGUCAUCGACUUGGAUGAAGAGGACAGGCAGCAGGAGCUACUUAAAGGUAUCGAGAAAGCUUUGGCUCGGCCCGGUCCAGACGUGGUAAUCUGCGACGAAGGACAUCGCAUCAAGAACUGCCACGCCAGCACGUCGCAGGCUCUAAAGAACAUCCGAACCAGACGCCGUGUGGUCCUCACCGGUUACCCGCUCCAGAACAACCUGAUUGAAUACUGGUGCAUGGUCGACUUUGUCCGGCCCGAUUUUCUAGGUACGCGGCAGGAGUUCAGCAACAUGUUCGAACGUCCCAUUCUGAACGGCCAGUGUGUGGACAGCACGCCUCAGGACAUCCAGCUGAUGAGGUACAGGAGCCACGUCCUGCACAGCCUGCUGGAGGGCUUUGUACAGAGACGAGGCCACGAUGUCCUGAAGGACCAGCUGCCUUCUAAGGAGGAGCAUGUGAUUCUGGUGCGUCUGUCUCCCCUGCAGAGGGCCCUCUACACAGAGUUCAUGAACCGCUUCAGAGAGGCAGGAAACACGGGCUGGCUCAGCCUCAACCCGCUCAAAGCGUUUUGCGUCUGCUGCAAGAUUUGGAACCAUCCAGAUGUCCUGUACGAGGCUCUGCAGAAGGAAAACCUGGCAAGCGACCAGGAUUUAGACCUUGAUGACAUCACCUCUACAGGACGAUGUCCGGCACCAACCAAUCAAAAGCCCAAGAACCUGGACAACCCUAACCCCGUCGGUGGCCUGAGCCUUAACCAGCUGCAGGAGAAAGCCAAUCAGGUCAUCACAUAUGAAUGGGCAAAGGACAUCAUGACUGACUACAAGCCUGGCAUCCUGGAGAACUCUGCAAAGAUGGUUCUGCUGUUCCACCUGAUAGAGGAGAGUGUCAGAAAGGGAGACAAACUCCUCGUCUUCAGUCAGAGUUUGUCCACGCUGACCGUGAUCGAGGAUUUUUUGGCUAAGAGACCAGUGCCUCCAUCACCCAAUGUGCCCAGCAGAGACAGACCCAAUCAAAACUGGGUCCGCAACCUCAACUACUAUCGACUGGAUGGAAGCACAACUGCCUCAGAGAGAGAGCGACUGAUAAACCAGUUCAAUGACCCCUCCAACACCUCCGCAUGGGUUUUUCUGCUGUCAACCAGGGCUGGUUGUCUAGGUGUGAACCUGAUCGGGGCAAACCGCGUGGUGGUUUUUGACGCCUCCUGGAACCCGUGCCACGACGCCCAGGCCGUGUGCCGUGUCUACCGCUAUGGGCAGAGGAAGCCGUGCCACAUCUACAGGCUGGUGUGCGACUUUACGCUGGAGAAGAAGAUCUACGACCGCCAGAUCUCCAAACAGGGCAUGUCUGACCGCGUUGUGGAUGACCUGAACCCCGUGCUGACCUUCACCAGGAGAGAAGUUGAGUCUCUUCUUCAUUUUGUGGAGGAGGAACCAGACUCAUCUAGCAUCCAUCUGCAGCCCAACGACAGAAUGGAGAGCAUCCUCAGGAAGGCCCUGCACCUCAAUCCCCACCUGAUUACAAAGCAACCAUUCCCCCACGAGUCCUUGCUGAUAGACCGCAGGGAGCUGAAGCUGAGCAACGCAGAGAAGAAAGCAGCAAAGAAGGGCUACGAGGCUGAAAAGAGGGCCUCGGUGCCAUACACCCGCCCUUCCUACGCUCACUAUUACCCUGCCAGUGAUCAGAGCCUUACCAACAUCCCUGCCUUUAGCCAGAGAAACUGGCGUCCUCCCACUAGCACUGAAGAGAAGCCAGUGGCCAGUGUCAGGCCAGUCCAGUCAACUCCAGUCUCUAUGAUGCCCCGCCAGGCAUCUGCAAGCUCUGCCCCAGGCAAUGACUCUUCUAAAUGCAGCCUCGGAGGCUUCCCUGUCAACUGCCUGCAGAAAGCUGGCGUGUUUGUACAGAAAAUUGUCACCACCACUGACAUAGUGAUUCCAGGCACCAACAACUCCACAGAUGUCCAGGCCAGGAUCACGGCUGGAGAGAGUAUCCAUGUCAUCAGGGGCACUAAAGGGACUUACAUCAGGACAUCUGAUGGCCGAAUCUUUGCCAUCAGAGCAGCUAAUAAGGCCAAGUCGGUAGAGGAGAGUUCAACAGCACCACCCAAAGAUUUGCAAGCACCCCCUCCAGAGGUUCCCACCCAUGUCAGUAACGGUUGCCUGUCACCCAAGACUGUGCCCCGCCCUCUUUCCCCCGACAGCCCGGAGAUCAUUAAUGAGUUGCAGCGCUAUACGGGCGGCGCAGGAGCUGGUGGGUCAGCAGGCUCUGCUGUUCAUCUGCCAGAGAGCAGCGUGAGCAGCCUGCCCUCAACCAAACUGAUUCAGACCAAUGGCAGCGGUGGGAGCGGGUUAUUAAGUGGAAAUCUGAGCCGCCAUGAUGCCUCUGUGACUAAUGUCAUUCAGCCCAACAUGGAUGCCACUGCCGCCCAAGAUCUGAGAACGGGCUCCAAGCGCAAAGCCUCCACCCCAUCCUUGGAUGAGCGGGCCAGUAAGCAGCCUUCUGCCAGCAAGCACUCCUCAGCCCCUGUGGCCUCGCAGGGCUUCCCCUUCACUGGGGGCUAUGGGCUCCCCCCUAUGGGUCUAAACUCUGGCAUGCUGGGUGGUUCACUGGGGCAUCCGCUUUUCAUGGGGGCAGGCUCACAUUACUUCCAGCCCCCCCACACUCAGCUGAGUGACGCCAGUUACAUGUACCCAGAUCGGCAUGGGUGGAACAUGGGCGGAGCCGGCACUGCUCCCACUUCCUCUCCUUCCUCAUCACUGAUGACAACCACCGCUCCCACCGUCUCAUCUUCCUCCUCAACAUCAUCAUCCUCUCCAUCAGUCAAAGCUGCCAGUUCACUUUCAGGAGCCUUGCCACCAUUCAUGCUGAGCUCCAACAUGCCAGGCAUGGCUGGGAUGCUCCCACCAGGCUUCCCUCUGUCGUAUAGUCCAUCUCUGGCGAGCCUCUACACCAGCUCAAUGCUCCCAGGAGGGGUGUCGGGCCCAGCUGCUACUCCCGGCCCAGCUGGAGCCAGUUUCUUGUCCCAAUACCCUCCUACUGCUGCAUCCAGCUCCUCCUCAUCUUCCCCUUCUUCCUUCUCCCCCUCAGCUCGGUCCGAGGGUCAGCGAGGCCCGGUGCUGGUGAACAGCGGGAAUGUCAGCAGCAUCAGCAGCUCAGAUGAAGAUGAUGUAAUUGAGGUGAGGGGACAGUGACAAAAGAAUGAUGUCCUUUUGUGAGAAUGCUUUCAGAAAUUGUAAUAGUCACCAUAAAAGAAUGGCAGCCCAUUUGCCAGGAUGCAGGUUUCCAAGAGGCCAAGAUGAAAUUAAAUUAAAUGAAAUGAGGAAAAAAUGACAGACAUUUAAGGUGUUGAGAUCUGAGGCCCUGCUGAAGUGUUUCUCCUGAACAUCUCUACUUGCCUUGAAGAAAUGGUCUGAAUGGGGAUUUAACAGUGACUGGACAGAGAGGGAUAAUCGUGAUGCUGAAUAUCAGAAGAAGAAUCCGGAUAAAGGCUUAAAAACCCUCCAAAGGGAUGGAGAAAAUAAAAGUUUGAAGAUUUUGAGCUUCCAAAAAAAACUGUUCUUUUUUUUUUUUUUUGUCCAAUGCCGGCAUUAAGAUGCUUAUCACUGGACUGAGUACUGCUGAGUAUGGGCCUAUAGUGACCACAAGCGGCCACUAGUUAUACUGUUGACUUUUAGAGAUACUAGCUCUGCAGCUUUGCUAAGUGUCAAGACUUUUGCUUUCCGCUAAUUAAAAAGAGGAGCUGGAGUUGCUUGUGAAACAGGUUUUGCUAUUACAUUAGCUGGUAGCACAGUUUAUUUCAUAACUGAAAUGGUAUCGUCCAUCACUUGUUGCUACUGAACACUUCUUAAAACGGCAAACGCAAUGGUUACAAGAUCACACAGAAGUUUUAGAGAGCGUUUUUGACAGAACGUAAUAAUAACUCACUGCCAGGACAGGUGUAUUGUAGGAUUUUUGUUCUUGAAAGAACACACAACAGAUGUGGGAUCAUAUUGAAAUACUGAAGAAACAGUUGUGCUUUGAGGAUGAGGUUAAAGAUAUUCACUGAAACUUUAAAAACUAAUGAAAGAAUGUACGCUUAAUCAAAUGCCUUUACACCGGGCCUUUUUGAAAAGACUCCUUCUCUUUAGGCAUCAGAUGUGGGAAGAUUUGUUUUUCUUCUUUUUGUGCGUGCUUUUUCUAUUUAUGUAAUCUCUGAUUGCCUAAAAAAAACAACAGCCAGGUGAAAAUGAGGAAAAAAAUAAACUGUGUCCCAGUGAGGUGUCCUCCUUGUAGCGGAGAAACAACCAACAGAAAAUGCCUUUUUGCCUCCAUCUUUCUGAAUGUUAACUGUGAGAGAGGCGAGGUAAAGAGAGACAGACAGUCGCCGUGGCUCUCUGAAUCUCACCCACAGUCUUACUGUAGCCUAGUGAAAAACGAUGCAAAACACUCACUCAAGCCUAUAUAUGUAUUUGUACAACCCCAGAGGAACGCUCGUGUUAUUACUGUGUUUGUAACUGCUUGUUGUGUUUUUAAGGGUUGCAAAAGGAAUCAUUAAAAAAGAUAAGAAAAAAUUUAGAUUCAUGUUACUCGGUUUGGUAACAUGUUUUGAGAGAGAUUUCACCUCUGCUCUGCUGUUUUUCCUUUUUCUUUCUCUGUUUCAUCUCGUUUCGUGAACAGAGGUCAAUGUGAAACCAAACCUUUUUUUUAGGGAGAGAUGAUGUAGCUUUGCCAAAAGGAAAAAGAAGGAAACAGCACAUCUGAAACCUCCAUCAAAGAGGAUUGUGUCUUAAGAGACCAAAUAAUGCAGAGCAGAUAAAAAAUAAAAACAAUCCUUUGCAGAAACACACUCUCUCUACAGCAUGCUCACAGCUACAGUUGAGAAGUACAUAUCCAUUUUUACACUGUAAAAAGAUACAAAUCUGUGUUUGACUGGGUGAAAGCUAGAAAAUCUUCAUAGUGUGACCAAUUUCCCCUUUAAAUUUGCUAUAAAUGGAGUCCGACCUAUAUAUUGUGUAUAUCAGCCGAUAUUAAUUUUUUGCCAAUAUUUCAGUUUUGGCAUUUAUAAUAGAUGGUGAAUGGAAAAUUCAAAUAAGAGAUUUUUGGGUGGGGGUUGCAUCCACCAGAGGACAGUCUGCACUCGCAGCUAACACGUGUUUGGAACUACUAGCAGAUCAGAUGAUUGUUGGGUAGAGCAAAAAAGAGCAAUCCGCUACUUGUGACAAUAAAACAAUGUUAUUUUUAAACUGCAGGGUUGGAUGUUGGUCAAGACUCAUAAAUAGCUAUAAAUAAAAAAUCUUAGGGAAAUCUGUUUGUUUUCUGUGCGUGAAAGGAAAAAAAUAUCGGCUGAUAUAUGAGAUUUUUAAAUCCUCAAAUCCGAUGUAUCAGUAAACAAUAUCGGUACCAAUAUCGGCAUCGGUCCUAAAAAUCCCAUAUCAGUCCGGUUCUAGAUGUAAACCAUCAAUCUGCUGUUCCAGCUGACCCCCCUCGGCCUAAACAGCUGCAGGAAGAGCUUUAAAAACCACUAGCUCUUUUGUUAAAGAUAAAACAACGUCAAGUUAAGACUCAGCAUUACCUGUCCUUUUCUCCCUCUUCCAUGUGUUUGUUCUCCAUACUGAAACUGUAAGUUUACUUGUGUUUCAUUUUUGCUCUCUACAAUGUUUGAAUUUACCAAAUUAAUUUAUUUAUGACGGUGUAUAUUUAUUCAUUUGUAUUUUUAUUUUUUUACAAUGUCUUUUUGGUUUCAUUUGUUUCAUCACUAUCUUGUUUGUAAGAUUUUUACAGUCAUAUUAGUAUUGUUACUACAGUUUUUGUUUUUUAAGAACUAAUGAUAAGCCAGUCUGACCCAACACAUGUGAAACUGUGCAGAACUUUGAUGUGGACCAACCAAUGUGUUAUUAAGCACAUUAAUAUCCAGGAUAGCAUAGAGUUAAAAUCAUAUCUAAUAACUGAUCAGCCGUUUAAUAUGAAAAACCAAAAAACUGUCACCAGGGAUAUUCAACGACUGCACAGUGUUGAAAUCAUUUCCUAUUUAUCUGCGCUCAGAUAAUAUAGAUGCAAAUUUUAGUAUUGAAUCUGAGCUAAAUGAGCCAUUUAUGUGCACGCUAGCUCAAUCACAAGUAAUGGGUCAGAAACCGAGGCAGUCCAGCCCACUUAUCAUCUGGAAAAACAAAGCAAAACAACAACAAUAAAAAAAACAAUAUCAAGUGCUUCUCCCCUUUUCUGUGCUGUAUUACCAUAUCACCAGAAUUGUCCAGGCGUGUCAUCACCCCUGUGAUGGCAAAACAGCAAGUUUUCCUCAGUGUUGAACUGUUUGGUUGUCAGCUCAGCGUUUGCUGCGCAGACUGACUGCUCUUUAGUUUCACAGCUUUCUACUUGAAUUUACAUAUUUAUUUAUACAAAUCAAGGUGGUCGGGCAAGCAGAGCCGACUGUCUGAAUUCCAUUUUAGCCGAGGUGAAGAUUAAAUCUGCUGUCUUUGAGGAUUGGCUCCAGUCAAAGCUUGUUGUGUGGACAAUGUGUAUGACUUUGGAUUACAUCAUUUUUUUUGUUUUUUUGAAAUUUGUAAAUAAAAAGAAACAUGUUCUAAAUCA